GACACGUGUAUUUUAUUUCAACCAAUCAUAAAUUUACACACAUGAGAGGUGUAUGGUCGGCGUAUGAUGGCAGCGUCUAGUGUGUGGUUAUUACUUUUUAUAAAUUCAAUUUUUUGUUUAUUAAUUGUGCUAGCGGGUAGAGACUUUUAUGCGAUUUUAGAUGUACCAAAAAAUGCAAAUACAAAUCAAAUUAAAAAAGCGUACAGAAAGUUAGCUAAAGAGCUACAUCCUGACAAGAAUCAAGAUGAUCCAAAUGCAUCUCAAAAGUUUCAAGAUUUGGGCGCUGCGUAUGAAGUUCUGUCCGAUCCAGAAAAACGUAAGAAAUAUGAUAGAUGUGGCGAAGAUUGCUUAAAACAAGAUGGUCAAAUGAAUAAUAUGGAUCCGUUUGCUAGUUUCUUUGGUGACUUUGGUUUCCCGUUCGGUAAUAGUGAACAAUCUCAUGAAACUCCAAGGGGAGCUAACAUUGUAAUGGAUGUGUUUGUUACUCUGGAAGAAUUAUACAGUGGAACGUUUAUUGAGAUAACACGAAAUAAACCAGUUAUGAAACCAGCAAAAGGUACAAGAAAAUGUAACUGUCGACAAGAAAUGGUGACGAGAAAUUUAGGUCCCGGCCGUUUUCAAAUGAUUCAACAGACUGUGUGUGACGAAUGUCCAAACGUCAAAUUUGUAAGUGAGGAACGCACUCUUGAAAUUGAAAUUGAACCAGGUAUGGUCGAUGGUCAAGAAACGAAAUUUUCUGGUGAAGGUGAACCACAUAUUGAUGGGGAACCAGGUGAUCUCAUUUUAAAAGUAAAAACAACACCUCAUCCCAUCUUUGAACGAAGAGGUGAUGAUCUCUACACAAAUAUUACAAUCAGUUUACAGGAUGCGUUAACUGGUUUUUCAUUAGAUUUAAAACAUUUAGACGGACAUGUAGUAACAAUAACACGUGAAAAAGUAACAUGGCCUGGUGCUAGGAUACGUAAGAAGGGUGAAGGAAUGCCAAAUUAUGAGAAUAAUAAUUUACAUGGAAUUUUGUAUAUAACGAUAGAUGUUGAAUUUCCAAAGCAAGAUUUUACUCCUGAAGAAAAAGAAGACAUAAAACAAUUAUUAAAACAGUCGCCUGUAAACAAAAUUUACAAUGGUUUAAGAGGAUUUUAAUAACUCAGUCCAUCUCUUAUGCAGUUGAGUAAUUGUAAAUAGAGUGUGUGAUUUUGAAAUAAAAAU